ACAAAAUCUCGAAUAAUGGCCUCAAAGGCCAUGCAAGGUAUCACCUUGUGUUUAAUCCGAGUUAUUUCAAUAGCCACUUUGAAUUCGGGCCAGGUCGAGGCCCGAAGAACCAUCGACAACAUGAACGUUAUCGACAAGUGUUGGAGAACGAAUCCGGAUUGGCGGAGAAACCGCCAGCAACUAGCUUCGUGCGCUGUUGGAUUCGCAGGACAAAUGAUCAAUAACAUAGGAAGCGACGUGGUAAAUUACAAGAUAACAGAUCCUAGCGAUGACCCGUUGAACCCGAGGCCCGGGACACUAAGGCAUGCCAUGACCAGCAUCCAAGGCAAGGCAUGGAUCACAUUCAAGAGGCACAUGAACAUCACACUUGCCAAACCCCUCCUUGUUAGCAGCUUCACAACAAUUGAUGGGCGAGGUGCCAAUGCCCACAUUGCAAAUGGUGGAUGUCUACUUAUUAAAAAGGCCACUAAUGUGAUUGUCCAUGGCCUCUACAUCCAUGAUUGCAAGCCACAAGAGCCCGGCCCAGUCAAGGCCCCAGGAGGGGAGAUCAUGCAUUUGGGACCGACGGACGGGGAUGCAAUUCGUGUUGUGUCAUCUUCAAGGAUAUGGAUCGAUCACAAUACAAUGUACGACAGGUGAGAUGGACUAAUUGAUAUUACAAGAGGAUCAACGGAUAUCACAAUAUCGAACAACUGGUUUAGAUUUCAAGACAAAGUGAUGCUUCUAGGGCACGACGACGGCUUCCGAAGGGAUCAAAACAUGAGGGUUACGGUUGCCUUCAACCAUUUCGGCCCAAACUGCAUACAAAGAAUGCCAAGGAUUCGAUUCGGAUAUGCGCAUGUUGUCAACAACCUUUACCUAGGAGGGGGAUAUAUGCCAUUGAGGAGCAUGAACCCUAGCAUCAAGAGCCAAGCAAACCUCUUCAUUGCACCAAAGGGAGGUACAAGGAGGUAUGCAUCAUCUUCUAUUUUAUCGACAAAUAUAUGAAAGAAAAAGUAUACAUAGAUUAAUGUGCAAAUACAAAAUAGGUGCUACACAUGGUAAACUAGACUGAUAAGAAUCUAUUAACACACAGAUAACCUGGGAUAGUGAUCCACCGGCAACUUCAAAUCUAUCGAGGACGUGUCGAGAAUGGAGCCUCGUUCACGACAACGGUCGACGUGGUGCUGCAAUGACACCCAAACUAUGCACCAGAUCAAAUGUUUGAAGUUGAAGAUGGGUGGAGAGUGAGGGACUUGACAAAAUCUGCUGGUUGCUUUGAAGUGUCCCAAAAAUAGCUAGAUGCUAAGGCAAUAACAAGAGUGAAUCUUUCGAGAAAAAUAACUUCCUGUGCUAAUAAUAUCUUUUAAGAGAAUAAUUUUUACAUUGUCUCAA